AUGGGUGCCAGUCUUGCGCGGCGAGAGGAAGUGCGGCUGUUGUCUGCUCAGAGCAACUUCCAGCCUUUUGAGGAUCGACCAGAGAGGUGGGAACGAAGCGAAGAAGUUUGUGCAGUUUGCCUCAGUGAACUUAGCCGAGCCAAGUGCUUCCAGCUGCCGGAAUGCGGACACAACUACCAUGCCCUCUGUGUGGCGUCUGCGUUUCAGAUCCAACAGCUUUGCCCACUGUGCCGAACAGCUGUCAGUGAUGGCACCUGCAUGGAGGUGGUGGCUGAGAUCAAUUCCUCAAGUAGUCCUCCCAUCGUGGACCCAGCCGGCAAGUCCAGGGCAAGAUCAUCGUCGGCCCGCAGCCUCUUUGCCGGCGCCGGUGUCGCCGGCGCCCGCUUCGCCGCGGAGCUGCUGACGGAGCUGGCACAACGGCAGCGCACGGUGGACGAAGCGCUGAGUUUGGAGGAGACGAUCAACGCCAUGCGCCGCGCUGCCAAGCAAGGCGAUGAUUCCAAGAUACCCAUGAUUGCCGCGGUUCUGCAAUCUCCGGCAAACUCCUCAGGAGACGUGGAGAUCGAACUUCGCAUCGCUGCUGUGCAGGCGUUGCGUGCCUUGGUCCCAGCUUUUCCUGCAGCUUGGCCAGGCUGGCAAGCAGUUCGGGGUCUUCUUCAGAGUGUUUCUUUGGAAGACACAGAGGAGGAGUUGAGAUUGGCUGCCAUCCAGGCUUUGAAAGAGGUUAGCCGACGGGAUGCCAGGGAUGAAGCCUUGUUUGUGGCCAGAGGCAUUCUUGAGGACAGGAAAGGAAGCCGGGAGCGGCGUUUGGCGGCCGGUGCUUUGCUGCAGGCAAUCGCCGGCCCAAGUGAUUUCGAGGUAGCUCGAGUGGCCCUUCUGGCGCUCGACGAGAGGUACAGCUGCUCGUUGCGCACCCAUGCGGCUCACACCCUUCGCAGCUGUGCCGGGCCGCGCGGCGCAUCGCCGGGGCUGGUCUUGGAGUUGGCGCGAGUAGCAGCUCGAAGCGAGUGGCCAGAGGCACGCUGUGAAGCUGUGAACCUUGUGGGGCAGAUAGAAGACUUUGGUGGUGAAGGCAUGAUAGCACUGGCUGCAGCACUCGAAGACAAACAUGACGAAGUAUCGCAGGCAGCCGUCCGUGCCAUUGCCAGCCUUUGGCCGCCCGAGCCAGGUCAAGCGUCGCAGCAGGCAUUGCAGGCGCUGCUGUUGGUUUUAGCUCAGCCCGAGCGAGCGGAACUUCGUUGCGAGGUGCUGCUGGUCCUGCCUCGACUGGUGGGGCGAGGCAUCUCAGAAGCGGCUGCUGCGGUUGGAGUGGCUUUGGCCGACAGUGAUGUCUCUGUGUCCAAUGCGGCUGCGCAGGCGCUACGAAAAAUGUCCCUCCGUGGAGACCGCGCGCUGCAAGACAUCCUGUUGCAACACAUCAGCCGGCCAGACCCGGAGCUCUGCAAAGUCUGUGUUGAGCUUUUGGGCUUGAUCUUUGAGCGUGGCAGUGAUGGAGAACGUACACUCAUUGCUUUACGAGAUGGUCCUGAUGAGGAUUUGGCAUCGGUGGCCAAUUCGGCCCUGAAACGCCUGUGA